GAUUGGACAUAGAUUCUACAAACAAGAGUGUCGUGACAGUGUUGUCAAAUUCUUAAACUAAAUAAAUAACACUCUUAUUAGAGAUCUAGAUCUAGAUCUAUAGAUCUAACUUAAUCAAUAAUUAUGGGUACACCUAUGAAGGACAUAGUCAUCUCAGAAAAUGCUGCAAAAACCUUAAUGGUGCAGAAACAUGCCGAUUAUAUUGCAGCAUAUGGUGACAAGAAAGAUGACUAUGAGUAUGUCAUGACAGAAUUUCUUAGAAUGAAUGGAAUGUACUGGGGCCUAACUGCUAUGUCAUUAACAGACCAGCUUAGUCGAAUGGACAGGUCUGAAGUAGUUGAUUUUGUUUUGAAAUGUCAGCAUGAAUGUGGGGGAUUUAGCUGCAGUAUAGGCCACGACCCUCAUUUAUUGUCAACACUCAGUGCCAUUCAGAUUCUGACAUUGUUUGAUGCUGUUAAUGAAAUAAACUCAGACCUUGUGGUCAAAUGGGUGAAAAGUCUUCAGCAACCAGAUGGUAGCUUUUAUGGGGAUAAAUGGGGAGAGGUGGAUACCAGAUUUUCAUUUUGUGCUGUGGCAUGUUUAGCAUUAUUGAAUGCUCUCCAAGUGAUCGAUGUAGAGAAAGCCGUGUCCUUUGUGUUAUCUUGUAUGAACUUUGAUGGAGCAUUUGGGUGCAGGCCUGGCAGUGAAUCACAUUCAGGGCAGGUUUACUGUUGUGUUGGGAUGUUGUCAAUAACUCAGAGACUUCAUCAUGUCAAUGCUGACCAGCUGGGCUGGUGGCUUUGUGAGAGGCAGUUGCCUUCUGGUGGAUUAAAUGGACGGCCUGAAAAGUUGCCAGAUGUUUGCUACUCCUGGUGGGUUCUAGCCUCCCUUAAAAUCAUUGGACGCCUGCAUUGGAUUGACAAGGACAAAUUGGUUGAGUUUAUACUAGCCUGUCAAGAUGAAGAAACUGGUGGAUUUGCUGAUAGGCCUGGUGAUAUGGUUGAUCCCUUCCACACACUGUUUGGACUAGCUGGGCUCUCAUUACUAGGUGACACCACAGUUAAAGCAGUCAACCCAGUGUUUUGUAUGCCUGAAGAUUUGAUCACAAGGAAAGGGUUACAGUUGCAGUACCUAUAGCACUAUCACAUGCAAUUCUAUUUUCCUUCUGCAGGUGCAAUAUCAUUUUAGAUUGUCGCUGUUGGGCUCAAUUAAAUUGAAUUGUCAAAUAUUUGUUACUUGUAUUUUUUAACAAAUCUUUGAGCCAAAUUUUGUGUACAUUUAUAUUGUCUUAUACAAAUCUAAAAUACAUCUACAGAUUCUCUUGUCAGGUUUUAAUUAGGAAAAAAUUAGUGUGUUAAAUUGUUUUAUUUUUUCUAUUAUGAUGAUUGAGAUAAAGAGGUUAUAUCUAGUGUAGUUUCUUUGUUGCUGCUUUAAAAAAUUUUAAUGUCUACCUGUUGUUGUAAUUUCUCAAAUUCAAUCAAGCUUUUUCACAUGUAUAAAGAUAAGAUUCUGUUUUAUAUGUAUUACAUCAUGUCAUGUCAUGUUUGCCUGUCGUCCCUACUGGGACAUAGGCCGCUGACAAGAGCUUUCCAGACGUCUCUGUCCAGGGCUAGUCUCUCCAACUGUCCCCAGGUGUAUCCAAUCUUCUUGGUGUCUUCUUCCAGGUCACGUCUCCAGGUCUUUCUUGGUCUGCCUCUCUUCCUCCUGCCUUGUGGAUUCCAGGUGAGGGCCUGUCUUGUUAUGCUGGAUACAGGCUUCCUGAGUGUGUGGCCAAUCCAUUUCCAUUUUCUCUGGAGGAUCUCUACUUCCACUGGCAGUUGAUUUGUCCGUUGCCAUAGAACAUCAUUUCUGAUGGUUUUAGGCCAGCGAAUUCGCAGGAUCUUUCUGAGACAUGCGUUUAUAAAUGAUUGUAUUUUCUUCUUAUUUAUAGCAGUUAUUCUCCAUGUCUCAGCUCCAUAGAGUAAAACAGGUUUUACUAGUGUGUUGAAGAUCCGGAUUUUUAUUCUAAGGGUUAAAUCUCCCGAACCCCAAACAUUUUUUAGUUGGUUGAAGACUGCUCUUGCCUUACCCGUCCUUAUUUUUAUGUCUGCUUCUGUCCCACCCUGCUUAUCAACAAUACUUCCAAGGUAGGUGAAUCUAUCCACUUCUUCUAGGGCUUCUUCUGCCAGUGUUAUAGGGUUG